AUGGACGGAUCUGGAACCCCCGAGCCUACUGGCGUUAUCACUAGCAGUGCUGAUCGCAUGGUUGGCAUGGAGCACUCCGAGGUGCGCUACUUCACCAGUUUUCUUCGCCAUCGUGCAGGUAUCCACGAGGAGAUGCUGAAAGAUGAUGUCCGUACCCGUUCCUAUCGUGACUCUAUCUACCAAAACCGCCACAUCUUCAAGGACAAGGUUGUCCUUGAUGUUGGCUGCGGUACCGGUAUUCUGAGCAUGUACUGGCUGACAUUACCGAUCAGGUUCGCUGCUCGCGCCGGUGCCAAGCACGUUAUCGGUGUUGACAUGUCCUCCAUCAUCGAGAAGGCCAAGGAGAUCGUCGCAACCAACGGCUUGUCCGACAAGAUUACCCUCCUUCAGGGUAAGAUGGAGGAGGUUGAUAUCAUCAUCUCUGAGUGGAUGGGUUACUUCCUUCUCUACGAAUCCAUGCUGGAUACCGUUCUCUACGCCCGCGACACCUACCUCAACCCUGGUGGUUUGAUCUUCCCCGACAAGGCCACCAUGUACGUCGCUGCCAUCGAGGACGGCGAUUACAAGGAUGACAAGAUUGGAUUCUGGGACAACGUUUACGGCUUUGACUAUUCUCCCAUGAAGGAGAUUGCUCUCACUGAACCUCUGGUCGACACUGUCGAGAUGAAGGCUCUCGUCACUGACCCCUGCCCGAUCAUUACUUUCGAUCUGAACACUGUCACUGUCGCCGACCUUGCCUUCAAGGUUCCCUACGAGCUUACCGCUCGUCGCAGCGACUUUAUCCACGCCAUGAUUGCCUGGUUCGAUAUUGAGUUCAGCGCCUGCCACAAGCCCAUUACCUUCUCCACUGGCCCUCACGCCAAGUACACCCACUGGAAGCAGACCGUUUUCUACCUGCGUGAUGUCGCCGGCUGGCUCGAAAACCGUCCCAAUGACAAGAACAAGCGUGACUUGGACAUCGAUCUUUCCUACAAGUUCGAGACCAACGACCCCACCCGCUUCGCUGAGGGCAGCUGCUCUUACCGCAUGUGCUGA